UACAUAUCAAAGAGACACACUGAAUCAGCAAGGGAUUGUUAUAAAAGCCUGGCAGUGCAAGCUCACAAAUAUCUUAGUAAGAAGAGUAGGCUUCAAUGGAUCCUUUUGUGGUCCUGUUGCUCUGUCUCUCCUUUUUGCUUCUCUUUUCGCUCUGGAGACAGAGCUCUGGGAGAGGGAAGCUCCCUCCUGGCCCCACUCCUUUUCCUAUUAUUGGAAACAUCCUACAGAUAGAUGUUAAGGACAUCUGCAAAUGUUUCAGCAAUCUCUCAAAAGUCUAUGGUCCUGUGUUCACCGUGUAUUUUGGCAUAAAGCCGGUAGUGGUGUUGCACGGAUAUGAGGCAGUGAAGGAAGCCCUGAUUGAUAAUGGAGAGGAGUUUUCUGGAAGAGGCAUGUUCCCAGUAUCUCAAAGAACUUCUAAAGGACUUGGAAUCAUUUUCAGCAGUGGAAAGAGAUGGAAGGAGAUCCGGCGUUUCUCCCUUACAACAUUGCGGAAUUUUGGGAUGGGGAAGAGGAGCAUUGAGGACCGUGUUCAACAAGAAGCCCGCUGCCUUGUGGAGGAGUUGAGAAAAAACAAGUCCUUACCCUUUGAUCCCACUUUCAUCCUGGGCUGUGCUCCCUGCAAUGUGAUCUGCUCCAUUGUUUUCCAGAAUCGAUUUGAUUAUAAAGAUGAGACUUUUCUUACCCUGAUGAAAAGGUUCAAUGAAAACUUCAGGAUUCUGAGCUCCUCAUGGAUCCAGAUCUGCAAUAGUUUCCCUCUCCUCUUGGAUUAUUUCCCAGGAACUCACAACAAAUUGUUUAAAAAUAUUGCUCUUACAAAAAGCUAUGUUUGGGAGAAAAUAAAAGAACACCAAGCAUCACUGGAUGUUAACAAUCCUCGGGACUUUAUCGAUUGCUUCCUGAUCAAAAUGCAGCAGGAAAAGGACAACCAAGAGUCUGAAUUCACUAUUGAAAACUUGAUUGGCACUGUAGCUGAUCUAUUUGUUGCUGGAACAGAGACAACAAGCACCACUCUGAGAUAUGGACUCCUGCUCCUGCUGAAGCACCCAGAGGUCACAGCUAAAGUCCAGGAAGAGAUUGAUCAUGUAAUUGGCAGACACAGGAGCCCCUGCAUGCAGGAUAAGAGCCACAUGCCUUAUACAGAUGCUGUAGUGCACGAGAUCCAGAGAUACAUUGACCUUGUCCCCACCAGUGUGCCCCAUGCAGUGACCACUGACAUUAAGUUCAGAAAUUACCUCAUCCCCAAGGGCACAGCCAUAAUGCCAUCACUGAGUUCCGUGCUGCACAGUGACAAAGAAUUUCCCAAUCCAAAUAUCUUUGACCCUGGCCACUUUCUUGAUAAAAAUGGCAACUUUAAGAAAAGUGACUACUUCAUGCCUUUCUCAGCAGGGAAACGAAUUUGUGCAGGAGAGGGACUCGCCCGCAUGGAGAUAUUUUUAUUCCUAACCACAAUUUUACAGAACUUUAAUCUGAAAUCUGUUGGUGAUAUAAAGAACCUAAAUACUACUGCAGUUAGCACAGGGAUAGUUUCUUUGCCACCCUCGUACCAGAUCUGCCUCAUUCCUGUCUGAAGAAUGCUAGGUCAUCUUGUUGCAGAUCUGCUGUCACCUGUAACUCUUUUUUAUCAAGGACAUUCCCACUAUUAUGUCUUCUCUAACCUCUCAUCACAUCUUCUGAUUCCCUCAAUAUCCCCAUGAGCAUUCAACCUCCAUUAAGGAGAGUUGUUCAGGUAAUUGCACAAAUAUAUUUGCAAUUAUUCAUACUCUAAUACUUGUAUUGACUGCCAUAUAUGCUAAUACUUUUCUAGUACUGAUGUUUUAAUAUGUUAUCACUGUAAAACACAGAAAAGUGAUUAAUUAUUGAUAAUUUAGAUACAUUUCUUUUGUGAAUGUGCUAAAUAAAAUGUUAUUAAUUG